AUGCGGUUCCCCACACCCCGCGAACCCCGCACCCUCGAAGCGGUUCCCCCGUUCUCGCGACCUCCGCAUUCAAGAAGCGGUUCCCCCGUCCCCGCGACCUCCACAUCCAAGAUGCGGUUCCCCACACCCCGCAAACCCCGCACCCUCGAAGCGGUUCCCCCGUCCCUGCGACCUCCGCAUUCAAGAAGCGGUUCCCCCGCCCCCGCGACCUCCACACCUACAACGCAAUUCCCCCGCCCCCGCGGUCAAGCCAGCGGGAGCAUCACCUUUCCUGUGACGUCAUCCCCCCCCGCGGACCUUAGGCCGAGAACUUUGGAAAAAGAAUUGACAACAAAUGAAAAUACAGCUAUUGAUGAUGUAAACCAUAUUUUGCCGAAUGCUCAGGAAUAUUCCACAAAUGAGAAUAAUGAAAGUACAAAGGAUGCGACAACAUGCACUCAAGAAAAAAAUCAUUGUAUGUCCUGUAAAAAAUUCAAGAAUUAA